GAAGCUAGCAUGGCGCCUGCCGGGGCGGCUGCUACUGAUCUAGAGGUGGUCCGGGGGAAGCGCGCAGCCCUCUUCUUCGCCGCGGUGGCCAUCCUACUGGGGCUGCCCCUCUGGUGGAAGACCACGGAGACCUACCGGGCCCCGUUGCCUUACUCCGAGAUCAGUGGGCUGAAUGCCCUGCAGCUCCGACUUAUGGUGCCGGUCACUGUCGUGUUUGCCCGGGAGUCAGUGCCCCUGGACGAUCAGGAGAAGCUGCCUUUCACCGUUGUGCAUGAGAGAGAGAUCCCUCUGAAAUACAAGAUGAAAAUCAAAUGCCGUUUCCAUAAGGCCUAUCGGAGGGCUUUGGACCAUGAGGAGGAGGCCCUGUCAUUGGGCAGCGUGCAAGAGGCAGAAGCCAUGUUAGCUGAGCCCCAGGAGCAAGCGGAGGGCUCCCUGACUGUGUACGUGAUUUCUGAACACUCCUCACUUCUUCCGCAGGGCGUAAUGAGCUACAUUGGGUCGCAGAGGACCGCCGUGGUGCGAGGGAUAACACACCGGGAGGCUUUUAACAUCGUCGGCCGCCGCAUAAUCCAAGUUGCGCAGGCCAUGUCUCUGACUGAGGACGUGCUUGCUGCUGCUCUGGCGGACCACCUUCCAGAGGACAAGUGGAGCUCUGAUAAGAGGCGGCCCCUCAAGUCCAGCUUGGGCUAUGAGAUCACCUUCAGUUUACUCAACCCAGACCCCAAGUCCCACGACGUCCACUGGGACAUCGAGGGGGCUGUCCGGCGCUACGUGCAGCCCUUCCUGAGUGCCCUCAGUGUCGCCGGCAACUUCUCUGUGGACUCUCAGAUCUUAUACUAUGCGAUGUUGGGGGUGAACCCUCGCUUUGACCCAGCUUCCUCCAGCUAUUACUUGGCCAUGCACAGCCUCCCCCAUGUCAUCAACCCAGUGGAGUCCCGAUUGGGAUCCAGCGCCGCCUCCUUGUACCCUGUGCUCAACUUCCUGCUGUACGUGCCUGAACUCGCCCACUCCCCCCUGUACAUUCAGGACAAGGAUGGGGCUCCAGUGGCCACCAACGCCUUCCACAGUCCCCGGUGGGGUGGCAUUAUGGUGUACAACGUUGACCCCAAAGCCUACAAUGCCUCACAGCUACCCGUGAGAGUCGAGGUGGACAUGGUGCAAGUGAUGGAGGUGUUCCUGGCUCAGCUGCGGCUGCUCUUUGGGAUUGCUCACCCCCAGGUGCCUCCGAAAUGCCUGCUGUCAGGCCCCAGGAGUGAUGGGCUAAUGACCUGGGAGCUGGACCGGCUGCUCUGGGCUCGGUCAGUGGAGAACCUGGCGACGGCCACCACUACCCUCACCUCCCUGGCCCAGCUUCUAGGCAAGAUCAGCAACAUCGUCAUCAAAGACGACGUCGCAUCUGAGGUGUACAGGGCUGUAGCUGCAGUCCAGAAGGCAGCAGAGGAGUUGGCCUCUGGGCACCUGGCAUCUGCCUUUGCCGCCAGCCAGGAAGCUGUGACAUCCUCUGAGCGUGCCUUUUUUGACCCCUCGCUCCUCCACCUCCUCUAUUUCCCUGACGACCAGAAAUUUGCCAUCUACAUCCCACUCUUCCUGCCUAUGGCCGUACCUAUCCUCCUGUCCCUGGUCAAGAUCUUCCUGGAGACCCGCAAAUCCUGGAAAAAGCCUGAAAAGACAGACUGAGCAGGGCAGGACCUCAGAAGGAAGCCUUUCUUUCUGGGCAGGGUGGGAGGUGUUAGAUUGAUUGACAGGAACAGAAAUGGGGCUUACCUGUCUCCAGUCUCCUCUGUUGUCUCUCCAGCAACCAAAGGACAUGCAACAUCCCAAGAGAGGUUUGUCUUUUUGUCCCCUCCCAUCCCUCUAGCUUAGCUCUGGACUCCCAGGAGCCUCAAAAGGGAUUCCUUAUCUGGCUGAACUUGAAGGCCCCUGCUUUUAUCUCCUGUGACAGGGGCAGCUUGUGUUCUUGCCUGUUUCUCAACAUAGCACACUCUGCACUGAGCUGAGCAUUAGGGAAAGCCAUUGGUUGGAUUCUAGUACCCUCCACCCUUUCUCCAAGUCCCCAGGGGGAGAGCCCAGGCCGUUCCCCACCUUCCUAGCUGGCUUUGCCUGUCAGGGACAGCCUGGCAGGAGUCCAGGAGGCAGCAGCCCGGGACCUGGUGUUGUGUGUGUGGCUGAGGUUCCCUUCUCCCAUUCCUAGAGACACUGUGGUAUAGUGGAGAAGAUCUCAGACCUGGAAUCAAACAGGCCUGAAUUCAAAUCCUUGCCCCUACACUUACUGUCUGGGGGACUUUGGGUAAGUCACUUCAUCUCUCUGAACCUCAGUUUUUCAUUUGUUUAAAUGGCACUGGUGAAACCGCCUUUCCAAGGUGGUCAUGGGGAUUAAAUGUGAUCAGAAUGUGAAAGUGUUUGGCAUAUAUUAGGCUCUUAAUAAAACUUGAUUGAACAUGAAUUGGAAUGAUAA